GCUGCCUGGACCCAUGUAGCACCAUGACAGGGAUCGCCGCCGCCUCCUUCUUCUCCAAUACCUGCCGCUUCGGGGGAUGCGGGCUGCAGUUCCCGACCCUGGGGGAGCUCAUCGAGCACAUCGAAGACAACCACAUAGAUACUGACCCACGCGUGCUAGAGAAACAGGAACUGCAACAGCCGACAUAUGUAGCUCUUAGUUAUGUUAACAGAUUUAUGACUGAUGCUGCUCGUCGGGAACAAGAAUCUCUGAAGAAAAAGAUUCAGCCUAAACUAUCUUUAUCAAUAUCAAGUACCAUUCCUCGAGGAAGUAUUUCUACACCACAACGUCACAACAGCGGCAGCCUUACUCCACCGGUCACCCCACCUGUUACUCCAUCAUCGUCAUUCCGAAGCAUUACUCCCACAGGAAGUGAAUAUGAUGAAGAAGAAGUAGACUAUGAAGAAUCAGACAGUGAUGAGUCUUGGACCACAGAAAGUGCGAUCAGUUCAGAAGCUAUUCUGAGUUCUAUGUGUAUGAAUGGAGGAGAAGAGAAACCUUUUGCCUGUCCUGUUCCUGGAUGUAAGAAGAGAUAUAAGAAUGUGAAUGGCAUAAAGUACCAUGCGAAGAAUGGCCAUCGGACUCAGAUACGUGUCCGCAAACCAUUUAAAUGUCGUUGUGGGAAGAGCUACAAGACUGCACAGGGUCUGAGGCAUCAUACCAUCAAUUUCCACCCUCCAGUGUCUGCUGAGAUCAUCAGAAAAAUGCAACAGUAAAAGAAAUAAAGUGCCUGUGUGGGUGUGUAUAUGAAAAUGUAAGGUGUAUGUGCUGGUUGGACUGUACCAUCAAUCUGAAGCAUCACCAGCAGUUGCUAACUGAAAAAUCCUGUGUGUAGGAUAAAUUCAGCAACCUUUCAACACUAGUAAUUUCUGCCUUUUUAAGUGUCUGCUUAAAAUUCUAUCUCUUAGAAUAAUGUAUCUUUGGACGGUAGAGUACAUGUCUUUGUACAUGUGUACAUCUCAUUAUACCUAUAAUCCAUUGUUAUUACAUAAGGUGCUAAAAGUAUACUUAUUUGAAAAUAUUUCCUCAAAUCUGCAUACUGCCAAUCUUCACAUUUCAGUAUGUUUAUGUGUGGUGAAUACAUUGACUUAUUUUAAAGCUGUUGUAUCUUCAACUUUUUUUAACUUAUAAUUUUAUAAUCCAAAAGCUGGCUGACCAAAGGGGACUAUGUGAAAUGUAAAUUCUUCUGAUUAUACGGAAGAUGCAGUGGGGGUAAUAUUAAGUUCUGCCAGUAGUGUGAACAUGUGAUGUCUGUUUUCUGCUUGUCGUUCAUCUCAAGAUUUUUUAUCCAUUGACUGCAAAGGAAAUGAAAAUCAGGGGGGACACGCAACCAAGCUGCUGUCACCAGUUUCACACUGUAAGCAAGACUUAAAAUCAACCUUUUGUUUCUGUAACUCAUUUAGAAUGUGGUACAGACACCAAUGUGAUCUUUUACUUCACAUCAACAAGCAAAUGUCAGCAAGGUGUAAAUUUGUAAAUGUUUAGUACAGCAAAGGUACAGCAGUAUGUUAAAUAUGUUGAUGUAUCUGCAGCAUGUAAAGCUACAAAUUUACAAAACAUUAUUAAAAUUAUUUUUAUACCAGAGGGGGAAUGUGCAGGUGAUUUGCACAUUACUUUUUAAAUAGAAUUUUAUAUAACUUUUUUUUAAAAAUUUUCCCUCUCUGGAAAAUAUUUGCUUUCUUGAUAAUUUGUUAUGAUAUUAAAAUUAAUAAUUUUCUUGUUAUAUACCACUUUGAAUAUGUUCUGUUAUGUGGAACUGAACUUCUUCAUCAUAAUCGAUGAAGUUUCUGAGCACUUUGUAGUUACCUGUUGCAAGUAGAUUUAAAUGUUUGUGCGUUGCCAAUACCUGCAACCACUGUACUUGCAUGUGCCUAUGGUUGCAAGGACAAAGCAUGUUAUGGAGGUGGUUAAGGAAUUUUCUUUUAUGUUAAACCUCCUACUCAUGGUUAAUGUAUUUUUGUGAAUUCCUCUUGUAUUAAUAAGCUCAUCAAUGCCUUGUUACUGAAACUCACUGCAUUCCAUUUGUAAUUAAGUGGUAUCACUGUGCUGCAUGUGAACAAUAUUUGCCAUUAUAAAGCCUUACAGAUGGUAAAAUACUUUACUUGUUGAGUAAGGAUAAAUUUAGCCAUUUCCAGUCUUGAUGGCUUAUUGGCAGGAGAUCAUAAUAGUCUGCCCUUCUUGGUACUGCUCCAUUCACUGAAAAUGGAAACAGCAUUUUGGAUAAGUCAAAACACUCAUAAACGUGUCAUCAAUGCAUGUAAAUUCUUGAUAAAUAACUACUAUAAUUACAUUUUACAAGUAUUUGCUUCUACCUUGUGGCAGUAUUACAAAACGUAUAUGGAUGGGGUUCCUUUGUUGUGUAUAGCAAAUUGUAUCGUCAAGUCUCUGUAAAGUGCGCUCUAAAUUAUAUUUUUCAUAUGUUCUAUGCGGGAUUGGGUGGGGGGAAUGUUACUUUAUUAGAAUUAAGGUUGAAGUGUGAAAAUGGAAGGCACCCAGAUAAAUCACACAAAAAGCUGCUUUCAAAUGUAAGAAGUAACAAAUAAAUAAAUAAAAACA